UACCUCUACUCAUCCCCUGUUUCACCAUGAUCAUCCAGCCACCUCGUUUGGCCGCCUCCGCCGCCCUGCUCCUCCUCCUCCUCCUCGUGUUCCUCCGAUGCUCCGACGAGGCGGUUUCAGCGACAAAUGGGGUUCCGGCGAUUUUCGUGUUCGGCGACUCUCUUGUGGAUGUUGGCAACAAUAAUUUUCUCCGAUCAGUUGCUAGAGCCAAUUAUUAUCCUUAUGGGAUUGAUUUUCUUUCAGGUCCUACCGGGAGGUUUUCGAAUGGACGAACCGUUAUAGAUAUGUUUGUGGACAUGUUUGGAAUUCCGAACGCUCCGGAAUUUGCGAAUCCAAACACCACCGGAGUCGGAAUACUUCACGGUGUCAACUAUGCUUCGGCUGCUGCCGGAAUCCUCGAUGAAACGGGCAGACACUACGGCGAGAGGUACAGCCUGAGCCAGCAAGUGGUGAAUUUUGAAAGCACUUUGAAUGAGUUAAGGAGAUCAAUGGGGAGUUGGAAUCUGAGUCGUUAUUUAUCAAAAUCCUUAGCCUUUUUGGUGUUUGGAAGCAACGAUUACAUAAACAACUACCUGUUGCCGGAGCUCUACACUUCCAGAUUCAGAUAUACUCCUAAUCAAUUCGCUAACCUUCUCCUAAACCGAUAUUCUCGCCAGCUUCUCGCGCUUCAAAGCGUAGGGUUGAGAAAGAUCGUGGUGGCAGGAGUGGGGCCGUUGGGCUGCAUCCCGAACCAGAGGGCUUCUGGCGCAGCCACUCCAGGGCGGUGCGUUGAUAAUGUGAACAAGAUGCUGGGGGCUUUCAACGAGGGGCUAAGAUCGCUAGUAACCCAGCUGAACAGCCAGCACCCUGAAUCCACCUUCGUCUACGUCAAUGUGUAUGCCAUUUUUGGCGAUAUCUUGAACAACCCUGAUACCUACGGAUUUCGAGUUGUGGACACGGCGUGCUGUGGAGUGGGGCUGAACAGAGGGCAAAUAACAUGUUUGCCGCUGCAAUUUCCAUGCCUUUACAGGAAUGAGUACGUGUUUUGGGAUGCAUUUCACCCAACAGAAGCAGCCUCCGCCAUUCUUGCUGGUCGAGCUUUCAGAGGACCACCCUCCGAUUCCUACCCCAUCAAUGUCCGUCAGCUGGCCCUCAUCUGAGCGCCGCCGUCGCCAAACCCUCUUUCUUUCUUCUAUGUUGCUUUUUCAUGUGAAAAAAGACCCAAUGUAUCCCUAUGAAUAUGUUGAUCAAU